CUUCAUGCACCCAGUGCCAGCAACCUCUCGUUCUUCUUGCUGACCUCCUCCUCCCAAAAGGCCUCCCCUUCGCGCUAGCAUCCCUCCUCGGUUAGCACAAGGCAGCCACCACCACCGUCACCACCACUGCCUCCGCUUUUAGCCUACACCAAGCGCAGCCCGCGUCAUUAGCCUUGGAAAACUUUUCCUCUCCUCCCUUCUCACAACUUCCCCUCCAGUCGUGUAGAGCAGACAAUAUGGUCGCUCCCGCUCACGACGAGGUGCCCGCGGGCACUACUCCCGUCUCCCCCGGCUCCCCAGCCCCGACCCCCAAGGUCACGGUUGCCCGUGGUGCCAGCGCGAGCACCGCCGUCUCCACUCCCCUUCCCGUUGGCUCUCUCUACCCCCCCGCGUCUAGCAAGGGUAUCGACUUUAUGGCCGGCGAGACCGAGUGGGAUGACGCCAUGGGCCGCGGUGACAUGGUCCUUGAGCUCGCUGAUGGCCUCGCCCUCUCUGGCCACUCGUUUGGUGCCGACAAGAGCAUUUCCGGCGAGUGUGUCUUCCAGACCGGCAUGGUUGGCUACCCCGAGUCGCUCACCGACCCCUCGUAUGAGAGCCAGAUUCUCAUUCUCACUUACCCUUUGGUCGGUAACUAUGGUGUGCCCGAGCGUCCGGAGGAGAUGAACGCCGAGGCUCUCAACAAGGCCUCCGAGGCCAUCCUCGACAGCAUCCCCAUCGAGUUUGAGAGCCGUCGCAUUCACGUCGCCGCACUUGUCAUUGCCAACUAUCACCCCAGCUACUCGCACCACCUCGCGUCGAGCAGCCUCGGCCAGUGGCUCAAGGAGCAGGGCGUCCCCGCCAUGUGGGGUGUCGACACCCGCAUGCUCACCAAGCGUCUCCGUGAGGGCGGUGUUCUGCUUGGCCGCGUGCUCGCUCAGAAGAAGGAGGACCCCACCAGUGGCUCGCUCACCGGCGUUGCCCAGCGUAUCCUCGGCGGCCUUGGCUCCCCCGCCUCCAUCUCCGACGCCCCUGGCGCCUGGCAGAGCGCUUACGACACCGUCCCCUUCGCCGACCCCAACCAGGUCAACCUUGUCGCCAAGGUUUCCAUCAAGGAGCCCGUCGUCUACACCGCUCAGACCGGCGUGGAGCCCAAGCUCAACGCCCGCACGGGCAAGACCAUUCGCAUUCUUGCCAUCGACGUCGGCAUGAAGUGGAACCAGAUCCGCUGCUUCCGCAACCGCGGUGUUGAGGUCAAGGUUGUCCCCUGGGACUACGACUUCAACAAGGAGGCCGGCAAGUUUGACGGCCUGUUCGUCUCUAACGGCCCCGGCGACCCAUCCAUGGCCACGGCCACGAUUGAGAACCUCAAGGUCGCCCUUGAGACCUCCAAGGUGCCCAUCUUCGGUAUCUGUCUCGGACACCAGCUCAUCGCCCUCGCUUCCGGCGCCAAGACCCGCAAGAUGAAGUACGGCAACCGUGGCAUGAACCUGCCGUGCACGUGCGCCACCUCGGGACGCUGCUACAUUACUUCGCAGAACCACGGUUACGAGGUGGAUGUCACCACCCUGAACAACGGCUGGGAGCCGCUCUUUACCAACGCCAACGACAACUCGAACGAGGGUAUCUGGAUGGGCAAGAACGGUAAGCCCUUCUUCUCGGUCCAGUUCCACCCCGAGUCGGCCCCGGGUCCUCGCGACACCGAGUUCCUCUUCGACGUCUUCCUUGAGAGCGUCGUCAACACUGCCGCCGAGGGUCGUCUCGUUUCGAUCGACAUGCCCGGCGGCGAGCUCGCCGCGCACCGCGAGCGUCUCCCUCGCGUCCAGGUCAAGAAGGUUCUUGUCCUUGGCUCCGGUGGUCUCUCCAUUGGUCAGGCCGGCGAGUUCGACUACUCGGGCUCGCAGGCCAUUAAGGCGCUCAAGGAGGAGGGCAUCUACACCAUCCUCGUCAACCCCAACAUCGCCACUAUCCAGACUUCCCAGGGUCUCGCCGACAAGGUCUACUUCCUUCCGGUCACCCCCGACUUUGUGCGCCGCAUCAUCAAGCACGAGAAGCCCGACGGCAUCUACUGCACGUUCGGUGGCCAGACCGCCCUCAACGUCGGUGUCCAGCUCAAGGACGAGUUCGAGGGCCUCGGCGUCAAGGUCCUUGGUACUCCCAUUGACACCAUCAUCACCACCGAGGACCGUGACCUCUUCGCCCAGGCCAUGGAGGAGAUCGGCGAGAAGUGCGCCGACUCGUCCUCCGCCAACAACUUCGAGGAAGCCAAGGCCGCCGCUACCCGCAUUGGCUACCCCGUCAUCGUCCGUGCCGCGUACGCGCUCGGCGGUCUCGGCUCGGGCUUCGCUACCAACGUCAAUGAGCUCGAGGAGCUCUGCAACAAGGCCUUUGCUACUUCGCCCCAGGUCCUCGUCGAGAAGUCGAUGAAGGGCUGGAAGGAGGUCGAGUACGAGGUCGUUCGUGACUGCAUGGACAACUGCAUCACUGUGUGCAACAUGGAGAACUUCGACCCCCUCGGUAUCCACACUGGUGACUCCAUCGUCGUCGCCCCCUCGCAGACGCUCUCGGACGCCGACUACAACAUGCUCCGCACGACUGCGGUUAACGUCAUCCGCCACCUCGGCGUCGUCGGCGAGUGCAACAUUCAGUACGCCCUCAACCCGUACUCCAAGGAGUACUGCAUUAUCGAGGUCAACGCGCGUCUCUCCCGUUCGUCGGCUCUUGCCUCCAAGGCCACCGGCUACCCCUUGGCUUUCAUUGCCGCCAAACUCGGUCUCAACAUUCCCCUCAAUGAGAUCCGCAACUCGGUGACCAAGAAGACGACUGCCUGCUUCGAGCCCUCGCUCGACUACUGCGUCGUCAAGAUUCCCCGCUGGGACCUUAAGAAGUUCAACCGUGUCUCGACCGCGCUCUCGUCCUCGAUGAAGUCUGUCGGUGAGGUCAUGGCUAUCGGCCGUACCUUCGAGGAGACCAUCCAGAAGGCCAUCCGCUGCAUCGACGACAGCUGGGGUGGCUUUGGCGUCAACAUUGACGUCGAGGACAUUGACCACGAGAUCCGCAACCCAACGGACCAGCGUCUCUUUGCCAUUGCCAAGGCCCUCAAGCUCGGCUACUCGGUCGAGAAGAUCAACGAAAUGUCGAGCAUUGACCCCUGGUUCCUCCGCCGCCUCGAGAGAAUCUCCAAGACCGAGGAUGUCAUGGCCAAGUACUCGGCCGCGACCAUCCCCGCCGAGCUCCUCCGCAACGCCAAGCAGCUCGGUUUCUCCGACCGUCAGAUCGCCAAGACGAUCAACUCGAACGAGCUCGCCGUCCGCCGCCUCCGUUCGGACGCCCGCAUCUCGCCGUUUGUCAAGCAGAUUGACACGGUCGCCGCCGAGUUCCCGGCAUUCACCAACUACCUCUACACGACCUACAACGCGUCUGAGCACGAUGUUACCUUCACCGACAACGGUGUCAUGGUUCUGGGCUCGGGUGUGUACCGCAUCGGUUCGUCGGUCGAGUUUGACUGGUGCGCCGUCCGCGCCAUCCGCACGCUUCGCGAGAACGGCAUGAAGACUGUCAUGAUCAACUACAAUCCCGAGACCGUCUCGACCGACUACGACGAGGCCGACCGUCUCUACUUUGAGAACAUCUCGCUUGAGACCGUCCUCGACAUCUACGACAUUGAGUCCUCGUCUGGUCUUGUCCUCUCGAUGGGUGGCCAAACCCCUAACAACAUCGCGCUUGCGCUUCACCGCCAGAACGUUAAGAUCUACGGCACUUCGCCCGAGAUGAUCGACACCGCCGAAAACCGCUACAAGUUCUCGCGUAUGCUGGACAAGAUCGAGGUUGACCAGCCGCUCUGGAGGGAGCUUACCUCGUUCGCCGAGGCCAAGGCGUUCUGCGACAAGGUCAGCUACCCCGUCCUUGUGCGCCCCUCGUACGUCCUUUCGGGUGCGGCAAUGAACGUCGUCUUCACCGAGGACGACCUUCAGACCUACCUUGGUGCCGCGACUCAGGUCUCGCGCGACCACCCCGUCGUCAUCUCCAAGUACAUUGAGGACGCCAAGGAGAUCGAGAUGGACGCCGUUGCCAAGGACGGCAAGAUGGUCAUGCACUACAUCUCGGAGCACGUCGAGAACGCCGGUGUGCACUCGGGUGACGCCACCCUUGUCCUUCCGCCCCAGGACCUCGACCCCGAAACUAUUCGCAAGAUUGAGGUUGCCACCGCCAAGAUCGGUGCUGCCCUCAAUGUCACUGGCCCGUACAACAUCCAGUUCAUUGCCAAGAACAACGAAAUCAAGGUCAUUGAGUGCAACCUCCGUGCCGCCCGCUCGUUCCCCUUCGUCUCCAAGGUCACCGGCAUCGACGCCAUCGAGAUGGCAACCAAGGUCAUGCUUGGCCUCCCCGUCACUCCUUACCCCGACGUUAAGAUGCCUCCCAACUACGUUGGUGUCAAGGUGCCCCAGUUCUCGUUCUCUCGUCUUGGUGGCGCCGACCCCGUUCUCGGUGUCGAGAUGGCCUCCACUGGUGAGGUGGCCUGCUUCGGCAAGGACCGUUACGAUGCCUACCUCAAGGCCCUUAUCUCCACGGGCAUCCGCCCCCCGAAGAAGAACGUCCUGCUCUCGUUCGGCUCGUUCAAGGAGAAGCUCGAGAUGCUCCCCUCGGUGCACAAGCUUCACAAGCUGGGUUACAACCUCUUCGCCACGGCUGGUACCGCCGAUUUCAUCCAGGAGCACGGCAUCCCAGUCAAGUAUCUCGAGGCGCUUCCGGAGGGCGAGGACAACGACCCCCAGAAGUCCGAGUACUCGCUCCAGCAGCACCUUGCCAACAACCUCAUCGACUUGUACAUCAACUUGCCCUCGAAGAACCGCUACCGCCGUCCUGCGUCGUACAUCUCCAAGGGCUACCGCUCGCGUCGUAUGGCUGUCGACUACGCCGUACCCCUGAUUACCAACGUCAAGUGCGCUAAGCUAUUCAUUGAGGCGAUCAUCCGCAAGCCUACCUUCGACAUCACCUCGGUCGACUACAAGACGAGCCACAAGACUUUCACCUUCCCUGGUCUCGUUUCGGUCCAGUCGUUCGUCCCCGGUGCCGCCGAGGCUGGCUCGCCCGACUUUGGCGUCGCCACCCAGGCUGCUAUCCGUGGCGGCUUCACCACCGUCCAGAUGGUGCCGCAGGGUGUUCGCUCGGCAGUUGAAGACGAGAUCUCGCUCCAGCGCGCCCAGCAGAACGCCACUGGCGCGGCCCACUGCGACUACAUGUUCUCUGUCGCCGCCACACCCGACAACGCAUCGCGCCUUGCUUCGGCUCUUGAGGCCGGCGCCAAGGCCCUUUUCAUCCCCUUCAACAACUUCUUCGGCCCCAGCAACAAGGUUGCCAGCGUGGCACAGCACUUCGCCGCUUGGCCUCAGGACAAGCCUAUUGUCACGGACGCGCGCGCGACCGACCUCGCCUCGAUCCUCCUCCUUGCGUCGCUCAACAACCGCAGCAUCCACAUCGCUUCGGUGUCGACGCGUGAUGACAUGGCUCUCAUUGCCCUCGCCAAGGAGAAGGGGCUCAAGGUCACCUGUGAUGUGUCCGUUUACGCCCUCUUCUUCUCGCAGGCCGACUUCCCUGAGGCCGCCAAGGUGCUCCCUUCGCAGGACGACCAGGCCGCUCUCUGGGAGAACCUCGAGACGAUCGACAUCUUCUCGGUCGGCGUGCUUCCCUACGAGCUUGGCCAGGCCCUCGGCAAGAAGGUUUCGGCCCGCAGCGGUAUCGAGGAGACCCUCCCUCUUCUCCUCACUGCUGUCGGUGAUGGUCGCCUCACCCUGGAGGACAUCACCCUCCGCCUGGCGGACAACCCUCGCGCGAUCUUUGACAUCCCCGAGCAGGCGCAGACCUACGUGGAGGUCGAGGUCAACCGCUCGUCGGUCUUCGAGCUCGAGGAGGGUGGUGACUGGUCGCCGCUCACUGGCAAGUCGGUGGCUGGUGGCGUGCACCGUGUCGUGAUCAACAACCAUUCGGUUGUCCUCGACGGCACCGCGUUCUCGAUGCCCCUCGGCCGCGACAUUUCAUUCGGCGUCGGCGCCCGCCCGGCUAUGGUUUCGCGCGCGUCGUUCACUCGCACCUCCCGCCCGAGCUUCAGCCAGCUGGCCUCGCCUGCCAUGGGCACUAUGCCGCUUGGCACGCCGGCGCGCGAGCAGCCCUCGCUCAUGUCGCUGGCUGCCCAGCCGGUCGCCCAGACUUCGCCUCUCCCUGUCUUCCCCUCGCUGCAGCCGCACCCCGCGUUCGCACGCCGCCACAUCCUCUCGGUCGGCCAGUUCACCAGGGAUGACCUGCACGCGCUCUUCAACCUCGCUUCGGAGAUGCGCACGCAGGUCGAGCGCCAGGGAUCGGUCGACACGCUCCGCGGCCGCGUCCUCUCCACUCUCUUCUACGAGCCCAGCACUCGCACCUCGACCUCAUUUGAGGCGGCCAUGAAGCGCUGCGGUGGUGAGGUCGUGCAGGUUACUGCCGAGACCUCGUCGGUUCAGAAGGGAGAGUCGCUGUCGGACACCAUCCGCACCCUUGGGUGCUACUCGGACGCCAUUGUGCUCCGCCACCCCUCGGUCGGCUCGUCGAAGGAGGCCGCCAAGUCGUCCCCCGUUCCGAUCAUCAACGCUGGCGACGGCAUCGGCGAGCACCCUUCGCAGUCGCUCCUCGACGUCUUCUGCAUCCGUGAGGAGCUUGGCUCUGUCAACGGCGUGACCGUUACCCUCAUCGGAGACCUGAAGAACGGGCGCACCGUGCACUCGCUCGUCAAGCUGCUGUCACUCUACGACGUGACGCUCAACUUCGUCUCGCCCCCGUCUCUCCAGAUGCCUGACUACGUCAAGGCCGAGGCGACGCGCGCCGGCAUCAAGUGGUACGAGCACACCAACUUGGACGCGGUCAUCGGCUACAGCGACGUGCUGUACGCGACGCGCGUGCAGAAGGAGCGCUUCGACAGCCUGGCCGAGUACGAGGCCGUCAAGGACAUGUACGUGAUCAACCACGAUGUCCUGGCGCGCGCGAAGGAGAGUGCGAUCGUUAUGCACCCCCUCCCGCGCCUCAACGAGAUCGACCCCGAGGUCGACUUUGACAGCCGCCGCGCUGCCUACUUCCGCCAGAUGCGGUAUGGCCUGUUCAUCCGCAUGGCACUGCUCACCAUGGUCCUUGGGGCUUAGACACUGUACUCUCAUCUUCAUAGUCGCGGCUAGAUCCGCAUUCAAGCAUUCAAUGCAUGUACUGGACACG